AUGGCCACUCUCCGAUCACUUGCGACUUUGCCCCGGUCACUGGCGUCGAGCAGCUCGCUCCGCUUCACCUCCGGCGCCGUCACCCCCAUUCGCCACUAUGUCGCCCCAAAGAAACCCGCUCCGAAACCCCCGGCAACCCCCCGACCAAUCUCCAAGAGCAAGCAAGCCUUCAUGCUCCCCGGCCAAGUGGCCGCGAGCCGACGAGACCAGCGCAGGGCCCAGGUUGGCGCUGUCAACAUGGACAUUCCCUUCGCGGAAGUUCACGUUGUCGACUCGGAGACGGAGAACCUUGGCCCGAUUCAGCCGCUGAAGGACGUCGUCGACAGCAUUUCGCAAGACACGCACGCCGUCCGACUGGUGCGCCUCGACCCGCCAGUGGUGCGCAUCAUUGACCUCGAAGGCGAGAAGGUCAAGGAACGUGAGCGCUUCGCGCGCCAAAAGCUCUCCCGCCGCCUUGCCGUCGAAGACAAGGAGAUUCAGGUCGGCUGGCACUCGGCCCAGGCCGACAUGCAGCACAAGGCCAAGAUGGCGCGCCAGGCGCUCGAAAAGGGCGACCGCGUACACGUCAUCUUCGCGACACGUGUGGGCGGCACACAGUCCAUGGUCUCGGCGCAGAAGAAGGCCGAGGUCGUCGCCCUCUUUGACGAGGCGCUCGAGGAAGUCGGCGACAAGUGGAAGGACGACGAGCGCGUGAAGGGUCUUUGGGUGCUGUACUACCAGCCCAAGGCGCAGAUUCGCGAGGCGGCCAAGGAACGCCUCGUCGAAAAGGAGUCGAAGAAGAAGGCCAAGCACGACGUGGAGAAGGAGGCGCGGAGAAAGAAGCAGCAGGAGCGAGAGAGGAAGGCGCACGAGCGUCUCAAGGAGGACCUCGCCGAGGACCCGUGGGCCUAA